AGACUAGGUCUACUGGAAAUGGCUCGCUUCGCUCGCCCUUCCAGGCUGGUUUGCUUCGCAAUAGAAUAUAAAAAUAACGUAAGAUUCGAAACAAGACUACCAAUAUUCUUACGCAAUUUUUUCAGCACGUUUUUUAUACGUUACAUUUUCACAUUUUUUAUUAGGAAGUCGCCCUCGAAUCCCGGCCUCGAAUGGCAUUUGUCUAACUCGAUAACGUUAAGCUGUAAGAAUCAAAUUCCAUGCUAGCUGGAGUAGCUGACAUAUGAUAAUCCAUUCAAGAUGGCUGACGGCCCUCCGAAUCCAUCAGAAAAUAGUGGGAUUUUAUCUCAAACCUUUUUCUGUUGGCUACUUCCAUUCUUCAGAUAUGGCUACAACCACACCAUAGAGCAACCUGAUCUCUACCGGAUAUGCAGCGAAGAUGAUUCCAAUCUUCUUGCUGAUAGACUAGAAAGGAACUGGAACAAAGAACUGAAAGCAUGCGAAGGCCAUCAUAAGAAGCCCAGCCUUCUCCGAGCUUUGAUUAAAACAUUUUUGAGGCCGGUGGCCUUCUCUGGGGUUAUAGUAUUCUUUGAGGAAUGUGUCUUCAAGCUCCUUCAGCCCAUUAUCCUCAGUUACCUCAUCACCUACUUCUCCCCCGAGCCGGAGAUCACGACCACUCAGGCUUACAUCUGCGCUUUCGCAAUGGCCCUGAGCGGCGCUGCAGCUACCGUCAUGCAUCACCCAUAUUUUUUCAAGAUGCAGAGGGUCGGCAUGCAAGUCCGCAUUGCAACGAGUGCCCUGGUCUUUAGAAAGUCAUUACGCCUCAGCAAUUCAGCUCUGGGAAAGACCACAGUCGGAAAGCUGGUUAAUAUCUUAUCAAGCGAUGUCAAUAGAUUUGAUGUGGUAAUGCUCUUCCUUCACUAUGUGUGGAUUGGGCCUUUGCAGCUGAUAGUCUUACUAAUCAUACUCUUUAACAACAUGGGACCGUCGUGUCUGGUCGGCUUUGUCAUCCUCAUCUGCCUUGCCCCUCUUCAAGGCUGGAUGGGAAAAUUGUUCUCCAAGUUUAGGAUCAAGACUGCGAUGUUGACCGACGAGCGGGUGAGGAUUAUGAAUGAGAUCAUCUCCGGGAUGCGCAUCAUCAAGAUACAUGCAUGGGAAUUCCCCUUCUCAGACCUCGUCAGGGAAUCAAGAAGGAAAGAAAUUGCCAAAGUGAUGCGCUCCGCCCAUCUCCGUUCUUUCAACAUCGCAUUCUUCAACCUGGCUACCCAUAUCAUAUCUUUCUCCACCUUCACCGUGUAUGCCAUGACCGGCCAUGUUCUCACGCCGAGCAUCGUCUUCCUAGCUAUCCCGCUCUUCAACGCUGUCCGCCUCACCGUCGUUCUCUUCAUACCAUACUGCAUCAUGUAUGGGAGUGAGGGGCUUAUUGCUGUUAAAAGAAUACAGGAGUUUUUGAUGAUGGAUGAACUGAAGGCUUUAAAACACGCAGAGUCUGACUCCUCCAUCCCAUCUGAUGCCAACUUACCCAUCCCAGAGCAGAUCGGAGAACCACUGGAUGAGAACGAGAAGAAGGAUAGAAGAAAAGAUGAGGACAGGGCGGAGGCCAUCGACGAUAAUGACGUCACGGUUGCCUUCCUACCUAACGACAACAAAGAAAAGGAAAAGGGAAAAUAUAUGAAGCUCAUGAAUGAUAAGAGGGAGGAAGAGGAGAAUGGAAAGGAAGAUCAAAGAAAGGAGAGGAAAGAAAACAUCGACGACGAUGACGUCAAGGUAGCUUUCCUCGCCAACGACAACAAGGAAAAGGAAAAACUUGCCGACGAUGUUCCAGAUGGGAAAUACAUGAAGCUAAUGAAUGAUGAGAGGGAAGAAGAAGAGAAUAAAAUGGAGGAGCAAAGAGAGGAGAAGAUAGAGAACAGGGAAGGAUUGAUAGAAGAGGUUGAGGAGAUUCCUGAACGUGGAGAAGACAACAGCGACAUCAUCCUCAGAAAUGUAGGGGGAUCUUGGGAAGUCAAAGAUGAUGAUGAUGGAGAUGAUAAAGUUGGUUUCAGUUUGAAGGAUAUCGACUUUUCUCUUCAAGCCGGAGAGCUGGUAGCCAUCAUUGGACCGGUGGGCAGUGGGAAGUCUUCCCUUCUCAUGGCCAUGAUGAAUGAACUGCCAACCCAGACUGGUGAUGUGAUUAUGAGUGGUAGAAUAGCGUACACAGCACAGCAGCCAUGGGUGUUCUCUGGCACGCUGAGAGAUAACAUUCUCUUUGGCAAGAAGUUUGACCAAGACAAGUACAAGGAGGUCCUGAAAGUCUGUGCGCUCAAAACGGACAUUGCGCUAUUACCCGAUGGUGACCUGACCCUCGUUGGGGACAGGGGCAUCACAUUGAGCGGAGGUCAAAGGGCAAGGGUCAGCCUGGCUAGGGCAGUCUACCACGAGGCCGAUGCGUACCUACUGGACGACCCUCUGAGUGCAGUGGAUACAGCCGUGGGAAGGCAUCUAUUUGAUAAGUGCAUCAAAGGCUAUCUUAAAGACAAGCCGGUUGUUCUUGUCACUCAUCAGUUGCAGUAUCUGGAUGCUGCAGACUACAUAGUCGUUCUCAAAGAUGGUGAAAUGGUAGCAUGCGGAAGCUACAUAGAACUACAGACUUACGGGAUAGAUUUCGCUGCUCUCCUCAAAGAACACCAAUCUCUACAGCAAGAAGAAGUACUCUCUCGGACCAGCUCAGUGCAUUCAAUCCCAGGAUCCAUUGCAACAGAGAUCAAUCCCCAUGUUGAUGAUAUUAUUCUCGAAGUUGAUGAAAAGGGAAGAUUUAUAGGAGAGUAUUGGAUGAAACAGGCUGAUGAAGGUGUACAAGACAAGCAGAAAGAGACCAAGUCAGAAGGCACAGUGGCAUACAAAGUCUAUGUAAAAUACUUCAGGGCAGGGGCAGGUGUGAUUGGAUUCUUCGUCUUCAUGCUCUUCAAUAUUUGUAGCCAGGCCUUCAUGAACCUCACUGACUGGUGGUUUUCGAGGUGGGCAUUCGCUGAGGAGAUGGCCUGCGCUGAGUUACUGAAUCGGUCCUGCACAGUCGAUAGGGUCCUACCGAAUCAAACCUUUGUGGAUGAGAUGGAUAUAGACCGAUCGUACUAUCUUCAAAACCUCUCCAUUGUCCUCUGUCUCUUCAUCUUCUUCUGCUUCAUCCGUUCCUAUCAUGUAUUCUUCAUCAGCGUCAAUGCUUCCGCCAUUCUUCACAAUAGAAUGUUCGAAGCCCUCAUCAGGGCCCCAAUGCAGUUCUUUGAUACAAACCCAAUAGGGAGGAUAUUAAAUCGGUUCUCUAAAGAUAUUGGCUUCAUGGAUGAGCUCUUGCCGAUAACCUUUGCUGACUUCAAUGCAAUCUCAUUACAAACCUUGGCAUUCAUUAUCGUCAUAAGCAUAUUCAACCCGAUUGUUCUCUUAUUUACUGUGCCGCUUUGCGUAGCAUUCAUCCUUGUCAGGCGCUACUUCCUGGCCUCUUCUAGGGACAUCAAGAGGCUGGAAGGAAUAACUCGUAGCCCAGUUUUUAGUCACCUCUCUGCCUCCCUUCAAGGGUUGGUCACCAUCAGAGCCUUCAAGGUCCAGGAGGACUUCAUCAGGCAGUUCGACGUCCACCAGAACACCCACACCAGAACGUGGUUUCUCUUCCUCAGCACCACCCGUUGGUUUGGCAUCAUGCUGGACUGGAUGUCUGUCACGUUUCUUGCCGUCGUUUCCUUCUCUUGCGUAGUCUCAGCCGAUCUAUUUGAGUUGGAUUCUUCUUUGGUUGGUUUGUCUCUCACGUACUGUCUUAUGUUGAUGGGAGCCUUCCAAUGGGGUGUUCGACAGAGUGCCGAGGUAGAAAACUUGAUGACCUCAACUGAAAGGGUUAUAGAAUAUUCGCAGCUGAAACCCGAAGCUCCCCUGGAGAACGAGAAAGAGCCCGAGGCUGAUUGGCCAAAACAUGGCAUCAUCACUUUUGAAGACGUCUCGGUCUCCUACAGUGAUGAUGGACCCCUGGUCCUGAAGAAUCUAAGAUGCUGUAUACGAGCUGAAGAAAAGGUUGGAAUCGUUGGUAGAACGGGAGCUGGUAAGAGUUCCUUGAUGGCUGCCCUCAUGAGGUUAACGGAGCCCAGGGGGAUCCUGAAGAUCGAUGGCAUCACCAUCACAGAGAUAGGUCUUCAUGCCUUGAGGAAACGCAUAUCAUUUAUACCACAGGAUCCUGUAUUAUUUAGUGGGACUCUUCGCAAGAAUCUAGACCCUUUCAACCAACAUACAGAUGAUAAUAUAUGGAACGCAUUAGAGGAGGUCCAACUCAAGCCAAUCAUUGAGGAAAACUCAGGAAAACUUGAAAUGCGGAUGUCCGAGGGAGGGACGAACUUCAGCGUCGGUCAGCGGCAGCUUGUCUGCCUAGCGAGGGCGGUAUUACAUCGGAAUAAGAUCCUGAUCGUGGAUGAAGCCACGGCCAAUGUAGAUCCUAGGACUGACCAGUUGAUCCAGUUGACCAUUAGGAAGAAGUUCAAGCAGUGUACCGUACUGACCAUCGCACACAGGCUCAAUACAAUCAUGGAUAGUGAUCGUGUUCUGGUGCUGGACCAGGGUCGCAUCAUAGAGUUCGAUGAACCUUACGUUCUCCUGAAGGACGAGAAAAGCCUCUUUGGAUCCAUGGUAGAGGAAACGGGAAAGUCCGAAGCUGCCAAGCUCCUGUCAGUGGCCAAGUCCUGGUACUACGAGAGAAACCCUUCCAACCCGUAUAACUUUGACAUGGAUGGUGGCCUUGGUUACGGCUUUCCUUGAAAGGUCAACGGUGAAGACGUCAUGGAGUCAUCGAAAGAGGUCACCAAGGUAUUUGGCAAUGGAAAGAGAAGAUCAGGGUAGUUAGCUUGUUGCAAAGAAGCCUGCAAGUCCUGCAGAUGCUUAAGCAUGAUGUAUGCAGCUGAUUUGGAGGUCAAAGGUUAUAGGUUACAAGGUUAAGUUAUCACAGGGUCACAUGAAAUUAAUAUAAUCAGUCUUUCUGAUUAUGUAUUAGAGGGACCAGAUUCAACUUCAAGCAGUUUCGCAUUUGAAAGAUCUGCUGUGAAUAAUCAUUAGGUUCCAUCCUAUUGAAAUGUCAAAGGUCAUUACGCAUCAUGGUCACAGACAAUUAGUGAUGGGAACUUUUGUGUUUCUGUAUAUAUUAUCAUUCACUUGAUAUUGAUCUUUAAUAGCAAGGGUCAUUGUCAAAUGAAGGGAUAGAUAAAGUAGGUAAAGGUUAAAAAAUCCUCAGAACUCUUUUUUAAUCACAAAAAUUUGUGAGCAUGAGUGUCUAACACAAAAGAAGAGAAAAGAGGAUGAAAUGAAGAAUUCUCCAGAGCUGUCUGUCUGUGUGAUAUGUCUGACCUGAGGUCAAAGGUCACUGAGCAAAAAAAAAUUUUAUCUUCAUUUGAGGCUUUCGUAAGCCAUGGAUCUUCUUAUGUUGAGAAAUCUAGGAAGCAUCAGAAAUUUAGUACCUUUAAUGGAUGUUUCUUUAAGGGAAAGAUAUGUUUAACGUUGAUGUUAGCCAGUUAUUAUUUUAGUAAGUUGACUUCAAACACUGUAUAUAACUUACAAAGGAAAAUGUGAAUUUAAGAAUUUUUUGUUUUGGUGAAGAAACUGACCUUGCUUCCUAUAUCGACUGCUCUCCUUGCCUUCUUUUAUAUGCAGUGUACAAUGAAAUGUGUAUCUUUGCAGGGACUGAAAAUAUUUAUUCUUGCCAAAGGUAUUUUUAUCAUGAAUCCACGAUGACAUUGUACAUGGGUAAGAUACAAACAGAUUGAUUUGAGAAUAUGCUGCACUACUCCUCUUAUUCUUGUUAUUAUUUUUGUGGCAUUGUCAUCCCAUACUUGCAAAGAAUAUAAUACGGAUAACCAAAAUUUUGCUCCAAUGUUAUAAAGACUUUUAUCCAUAUUUUCCACUCUCCACCCAGGUGGAUUAAGUAGGUACACUGUAUGACAUAAUUUUUGUUAAUGCUUGCGCACUCAAUCAUGGUAAAAUCGGGGUAACAAUAUGAAGUAGGAGAUAAAUGUUGCAUAUUAUUAUUAUUAUUAAAUGUACUGACCAAACACUUACCAAAGAUAUCUUGGAUGCAAGUACUUUGAUAAACAAACUACAUGUAGCACAGCUAGUAUUCAAAAAUUAUUUUCUCAUACCCUGUCAUUUGGGUGUAAGUUAUUUCACAUAUUCUAAUGUAAACCCGAUUACAAAAAAAAGGGAUCGAUUCCAGUUCACAGUAUUCCUAGUGUUGACUAAAAAAAGCUUUUGUUGAGUUUUGAUAAAUCUAUUCAUUUUCAAAGUUUGACUCCAUUGUUGGAAAAAAAAUGAAAGAACACUUCUUAUCAGAGAAAGAUGAGAUUCAAAAUCUGAUUGAUAUGGAUAAAAUUUACUUGGUAUAUAAAAACGGGUCCCUAAAAAAUUAAUUAAGAUUGGACAACAUAAACAGGUAAUAAAAAACAGGAUAAGGGGAAAAGGAAAACAAAGCAGAACAAUGAAAUACAAAUCAAACAUCAAUAAUGCAGAGGCUUAAAAAUGUAAAAAAAGCAAAAAAGCAACCUAGUAAUAAAGUCAACAACGGGUGGUAAUUUAUUUCUUUUUGAAGUUACCUUGCGUAGACAAUCCAAAGAUAAUAUAUGAGUCUGUAUUCACCAUUCAAGGUACAUGUAAGCUGUAGACUACAGAAUAUUAUCAGGUUAAGUACAUAUGAAAUUAAACGGAGAGAAGAGGCCAUGAAAACAUAUUUUUCCAAACUUAUGUACCCAUUAUCUUUACACUGGCUGAAUGGAUUCCAUGUUUCAUCUUAAUCUGCCAUUCCUGAAUAAAUGUAUGUAGAUGUAAAUGUUUUUUUUAAUGUCAGUUUUUUUUGUCUUGAUAAUUUAUCAUCAUUGGUAUUUAUAAGUGUUGGCAUCUUGAACAAACAUUUAAUGACCAAUAACGGCUUUUUAGCUCAUUUUAUAAUCGUAUCAUGGCCUGUAAAUAUGCUAAAUGUUUGUGCACUGUCAUUCUUUGGUCCUGUCAGCGUGAUCAUCCUAGAAAAAAGAAAUAUGGUGCUUUUAGCUUUCCAUAGUUAGAUUUAUUGGAUCAAUCUCACUCCUUAGCCCCCCCCCCCAAAUUAAAAAAAGUGAAGACCGAUCGAAGACCACUGAAAGGCCGAAAAACUGGCUGUCGCAAGGCCUUUCGGCAGAUCACUGAAAUUAGUAAUCUCAUGUGGAAUGCCUAAGAAAAACCCCUUUAAAGACUUUUAGAGACUGAUUGACACUUAUUGUUUUGCUGAACUUAGACUAGUCUUACAGUGAUAUUUCAAUGGUCUUUCAAUAGCAUUUCAUGAGUUUUUUCCGAGAUCUUCUGGCAAUCUUUCCAUGGACUUUUGCUGGUCUUUUCAAUGAUCGUUCAUUGAUCUCAGAUGAGUCUGUUAGUGAUCUCUCUCCAGAAAAGUUUGAGAGAUUAUGGAAAGACGAAGCAGAGACCACCACUGAAAGCUUCCUGAAAGACUGCCUAAAGGCUUUUCUUGAACAGUUAAAACAUUUUUUGGAGCCCAUGAAGACCACUAAGCUGUUGGAAAGAUUGGUUCAGAAUCGUGUAAGACCGCAGAGACCAUUGAAAGAUCAAGCAAGUUUCUUGGUCUUUCAGGACUCUUACAGCAGUCAUGCUCUCUGUGGAAUGGGGGUUAAGGUGAGAUAGGGGGCUUCGAUGAAAUAAAUGUGUUUAAAUAAUCCUUGAAGCACAGUUGCCAUAUGAAAAGCUAUGUUAAUUUUUUGGGGCUGCAUGUAGUUUUGAAAGAAAAAUGAAAUCAUUGCUAUUCAAUUUUGAACUAGGUAUGGUGCUGUGCAAUGUUUUCAUGAAUGUGCUUCAUCUUCUUGCCCAUCAUUACAGAGUCGCAUGAUAAUCAUUUAUAUAAAUACCUCUCUUUGCUUUAUGCAUUUAACCUUGUGGUUCUAGAAGUUUAUCCGAGUUUGUCAAAAAAAGGAUCAUGAAAAGCUCAUAAAUGAAUUCUUACUUUACGUAUUUUUUGAUUUGUUGAAUGAAGUACAUGUAUCAACUCUCGGCACGUGACCUCAUUACCAAAUUCUCCUCACCAAAUGCUUUGUUUUUAUUUCAUCAGUGGCUGAAAGUAUUUAUGAAAAUAUAUUUAAAAAGAAAUUGUACCAUUUGUUCAAGUAAAUUAUUCUAGGGUGCUAAAUAUUUGUAUAGGAAGUACCUAAACUGUAUGAUGUCCGGGCAAAUCCAAGCAAGGGGUACAAAGAGGUUGAACGUUCCUCCUAUGAGAACUGCCCAUCAAACAUAUAUAUUGAUGUAGCCGAGUCUAAGAAAAUUGUCGUCUGCGCCCCCUCUAUUUCAAAAUCCCCGAUCCGCCACUGCUUGUGGCUGGAGGAAGAGAAGGGGGAGGAUAUUUUUUAAAGAGGAAUUACUGUCUUUUGUACAUAGCGACUGUUUUCAAUGUAAGUGUCAUCCAAAUAUAAAAACUUUUUUUUUAGCAAUUUCAUAGAGUGGUCUUAAUAGAAUUGAAUCCCAAAAUACUGGCUUACAUGUACAUGUAUAAACUUGUAUUACCAUACUCAGUGUUGAAUUAUAUGUGAUCAUCAAACUUUCUUAUUAGGUAACAAAUUAUUUUUGUCUAAAUCCUUAGAAAACUGAUCAUGUCAAUGUUUAAUGUAUUACAGAUUACAUGAAAGGUAAUUAAUGAAGUAGGUGUUCAGAUGAUAUCUAAAUAUUAGUGUAAAUUAAAAAAAAAAAAUGUGUACAAUG